CGUGACUUGGCCACACCAAUUGCGACGGCUUGUAAUGUGGGGGUGACGCGCGCGCACGAGAUAAGCGAGAGAGGGAGAGAGUGUAAGAUAAAGCCAACGGAGAGAAAAGAGCGGGAGAGAACUGGCACCAUGUCCGAGGAAAAGCCCAAGGAAGGUGUAAAGACUGAAAACGACCACAUCAAUCUAAAGGUGGCAGGGCAGGAUGGAUCUGUUGUCCAGUUUAAAAUAAAGAGACACACUCCUCUCAGCAAGUUAAUGAAAGCAUACUGCGACAGACAGGGUUUGUCGAUGAGACAGAUACGGUUCAGGUUUGAUGGUCAGCCUAUAAAUGAAACGGACACCCCUGCACAGCUUGAGAUGGAGGAUGAAGAUACUAUUGAUGUAUUUCAACAACAGACAGGUGGUGUGUGUUAAGCUCCUUCACCAGAAUGGAUGAAGCCCCAUGAGCCUUUGUGCACCAUACUUCCCACUUCUUUCCUUCAAAACAAUGAACAUGCUGAUCACACAACAUUUCUGAAAACGUUAGCGGACUAUCCAGAAAAUGUUUUCAUUUAUCUGUUUUCUUCUUUUUUGCCCUACUUGCAAGCGUUGGAAGUUUUGUUGUUAAGAGGGCCAAUAUCAAGAAUCAUUAUUUCCUACAUAUAAAGUGGUCAUGUUUUUCUUGUAUUUUAUUAUGUUUUGUGUGGCACUGUUCAUUUUUACAGCAGUUUUUUUUUUUUUUUCUUCCAUUUGUAAAUAUUUUGGACUUUUUCCUAUCUACAGUAAAAUUGACCCAUUCUAUGCCAGAGCACUCUAAUUCUUGUAGAAAAGGUUAGCUUUGUCUCCCAAGCUAUAAAGUUCAUGUAUCUGAUUAACUUCUGGUAGGAGGAUGGUUGUGCUUUAUUGCCAAUAAAGUAAACAUUUGGCUUAUUUGAGUUAUGCUUCUUAGGCCGUGUGAAGUACUGCAGGUUGACUUGAGUACUUUGGUCACUAGGUGAGAUCGCACAACCUGAUCUUAUGUUUUAGCAAUUGGUUGAAAUCAGACCACUGCCAUUUGGUUUAAAAGAUCAACAUAUUUGGUACCUUUGCACUCUUGUGACCUUUAAAUGCCCUGCUAAGGGAACCUGUCGCUUUUUAUAAAUGUUUAGGAUUUGCUAUUGCUGACUUGGUCUAACAGGGCAACUUGUAGGAUUCUCAGGCUCACUGACUUAGAAUUUGUAGCUUAGUUCAAAACUCCUGGCAUGCUUAGUCAGUGAUUCAUUCAGUAAAGAAAUGGAAAAGAGGAUGAUUGUGGAGCCUAAACUUUCAGACAUGUUGGCUUUGGCAGCACCCCUGCCAUCCACACAGGUUUUCUUCGCAACAAGCUAGUUGUGUCCAAACUAAAGUAAUCAGGCCUUUGCUUUUUGAACAUUUUGCUGUAAAAACGGUGUGCUAGUAAAGUUAAUUAAUUCCAUAUUACGCAUGUGAAGUACUAGACUGGGGUUUUCCCUAUAUGCCCCUCUUUAGGAAUUGAAUGUUCCAGAAAUAUGGAUUUUAUACUAAUUAGGUUUUAUUCUAACUUUACAUUAAAGAAAAUCCCACUUUUAAAAUCUUAUUCUGGUGUUCUUGAUUUGAAGAUAGACUGAAAUGCGGAUUACUGCUGGCUAAAAUGCCAUUCAAAAAGAAACUGCUUCAUGUUGGCAUUUAAAUGUUCAUUAUUUUUUUUUUGUACUUGUUACUCUGGUAUUCCAGUACAAAAAAUAAAAUGCCAUUUGAGUAAUUAAAACUCCUUCUCCAAUAGGAAUCUUGUUUGUAUUGCUCAUUAGUCUCUAGAGUGUGGCCUCUGGUUUCUUUUAAUCCUUGUAUCUGCUGGAUAAAUGUAUUAUUUCAAUUACAAAAUAAAGAAACAUCAAAAAUA